AUGCCUUCAUCCGGCACCGGAGAAUCGGACACCACAGACCCUAUGCCCAUAGUGUCGGACGACAGAGUGUCAUCAGAGCACGAGGUGCACACUUCGGACACCACCAGCACGGAUGAUGAUGAUUUUCAGCCAUCCGCGCUGCCCGAUGUCGUUGCUGAGCCCGCUGAUGGCCCUAUCGUCGGGGACUUGCCACUCGUGGUGAUCCCUGCCCCUGUACCCCUUGCCGCGUACCCUAUUGUUGACAUGCCCCUUGACGUAGUCGCUGACGACGACGUCGACUUGUUUGACGAGGAUCCACUAGAGGAUGACUUUGAGGGCGAGGCCCACAUAGCUGCUGGCGAUCUCUUACUACUCGCAGAUGCUCCUGCAGAGGAAUCACCCAUCCAUUCAACUGUCCCAGACUCCUUUGAGUCUGUGGCAUCUGCACCAUCACGUGUACAGGGAGUGCAGCACUACUCGCAUGAUACAGACCCUGAUAGGGCGUCAUCUGCUGCACCUGCCCCUACCCCGAGUUUUGCUAUUGAUCAUGACAUUGAUGAGGAUUCUGACCCCGUCUUCCCACCUGGGUUCGAUCCAGACCAGGACAUUGAGUUUUUGCAUCUAGAUCAGCCCAUGGAGGACCCAGUUAAUCCUGUUGACCCUGCGUUUGCUGACCCCGCAGAUUUCGAGAUGGAGUUUGACGACCCGGAGCCUGUUGUGGCCCCCGAGCCAGUAGUUUCUCCAGACCCUGUAUUCGAGCAUGACCCUAUUCAUGCUGAUGUACCCAUUGUUGAUCCUUUGAUCGCGGAUGUACCUGUCGAUGAUCAUCCGAUUGUUGCUCUACUGUUGGAGGAUGAUCAUGUUGUUGCUGAUGCUCAUAUUGAUGCCCCUCACAUUGCUGAUAUACCCGCUGAGCCUGUUGUUGUUGCUCCUUUUCCUGACCCGGUUCCUUUAGAGCCCGACCAUGCACUCUUUGCGACUCAUGUCAACCCUCAGUAUGCGCACACCCGGAAUGGGUGGAUAGAGGACGAUGAUGAUUUUCCACCUUUUGUGGUACCAGUUACACUUGUUUCAGCACCAGCUUCAGCUCCUUUUGAUGCACCCCUGUUCCCCACACACACUGCUGAUGCGCAUCGCGCUGAUCUGCCUAUCACAUUUCUCCAGGAGAUCCCUCCGCCACGUCCUGGAGAGGGCUCUUCUCGUCAGCCUUUCGGCCAUGCACCUUUUCUGACUGGAGGAGAUCAGUUCGCACCACAGAUCCCUCCUCAUACUGUGGCACCUUUUACUCCAGCUAGUGAGCCUUUUCUUUAG